CGCGUACGGACCUGCUCGCCAACUCUUUCACGUAUUCAAGGCCCAGUGUGAAUGGCCGACCGUCACGACUUGCUGGGUAUCGAGCCCGUCGCAUCCGACCCGAGCUCGGCGCGCUCUCCCGCACCGUCAUCCUACCAGAGCGCGCUCAGCGACGGCGCAUCCAGUUUAGCAGCGUCGGACGGCACGCGCGACGACGGGGAGAGACCGUCACCGCUCGCCGCGCCCGCACCUCCUCAGAAGGAAGAAGAGGAAGACCCGGAUCCAUUCCUGCACGAUUCCGAGGACGAAGACGAGGAAGAAGAGGAAGAGAAGCCGUCGGCCUCGGCGUCGCCUCUCCCGCCAAACCAAGAGAUCGCCAUCGACACGCCGUCGCCGCCGCUUCCACCUGCGGCGUCCUCGUCCUCCUCUUUGCGACCGAACGCGGAGAAGGAUGUCCCUCCGCCCCCACCCCCGAAGUCGAAUGUACAACCAGAAGAUACCCUCGACUCCUCCUCCUCCUCCUCAGAGGACGAAACGCCGUCGUUGUAUCUCCCCGCUCUCGUCCUACCAACGAUGUUCCUUCCCAUACCUAACACCGAUCCACUGAGCAACCUCCUCGCAAAGUACAUCCCGCCCGAGCACCGGCCGCAACGAGACCUCACCGGUGACUGGCAACGAUCCGACUUCAACGCGCUUGUUAUGACCCACAGCUGGCGUGCCCUCGCGCGCAUGGCCCGGGACCGAAUCGUGAGCACCAACCCGGAAGAGAUCGUCCUCAUCCUCAGCCUCUGGUACCUCCGGCUCUCGUCGCUCGCGCGUCUGCGGCUGUUCAACCAAACAUCGGCCGAGCUCGCGAACCUCUUCGCCGUGCUGCACUCUCCGGGCGUCGACCGCGCCGAGCUCGCGCGCGUGCUCCCGUUCGAGCUCGAGGUCCUCCACGCGCGCGCGGCGUACUGGGCAGGGGACCACAUGGGCUACCUCGACGCGCUGCACGCGCUCCUGAGGAAGUGCAAGGUGCAGGGGAGGGCGGGGGAGCUGGGGGGGAGGAAGAGGAGGGUGGACGAGGCGACGAGGGAGAUGUGGAGGGAGCGCGGGGCGAGGGUGUGUCUGAUCAUCGCGAGUCAGCUGGCGGAGAUGAAGGACUUUGUCGCCGCGACGCGCGUGCUGGAGCCGCUCUGCGCGCAGGCGGGGGGCAGCGCGGCGCUCCGGUCCGCGGUCGGGCGCGUGUACCUCCAGGCGGGCCACCUCGCGCGGGCGGGUGCGCAGUUCGCGGCCGUCGCGGCCGAUCCUCGCGCGGACGCGGCGACGGUGAGGAUAAACGAGGCGCUGUUCGCGUGCGCCGAGGGCGACUGGGGGCGGGCGGCGGCGGUGUUGAGGGAUGCCGUCAAGGAGGAUCCGGAUAACUACGUCGCCGUGAAUGAUCUGGCGGUGGCGUUGCUUGGACAAGGGCGCGUGGCGGAGGGCGUGGAGGUGCUCGAGAGCGCGUUGAGGGCGUCGCCGUCGGCUGUGACGGUGGCCGAACCGUUCCUGUUCAACCUUUCAACGCUGUAUGAGCUGCGGUCCGCCACGGCCGCGGCGAAGAAGCGUCAACUGCUGGUUGAGGUCGCGAAGUGGAGCGGGGACGGGCUGAGGACGGCGUGCUUGAAGAUGCCUGCGAACUAGGCGCGGCGUUCAUUAUGGAUCUGCCGAUGAUCCUCGGUCAGUGGGUGGUUCUGCUUCCGUUUCGCUAGGGCAGAACCCGUCGGUCGUUUCUCAUCGUCGCAGCCUGCUCGUCACGACGUGGCCAGAGCGUGCAUGAAUAGUCGCGUGCCGUAGCUUGUAGCGAAGGAGCUUGUGCAUAUACCGCUUGUAUAAUAUGGCAAGUACGUGCACCGGUGGGAACGCGACGAGGACGAUAUUGAGCUCUCGUGACCACGAUGCACUGCAGUCCUGAGUUACGCGCCGUUCAUGUCAUGGGCUGGAUCGGGACGCCAGCCCGGGCAGACGGAAGAUGGAAGAGCCUACAGGGGCC